AUGUCAUUCUCCUCAUGGCUCUCUCGUCGACUAUUCUCCAUUUUGGAUUCAGAUCGCGUUUUCGAAGAAAUGGAUCGUAUGAAAUUGGAAGAGAAGAUGCUAGAAAGCCAAGAAUCAGAAGAUAGAAUCACUUUGAGCUCCAAACGAAUUCUGUCCUCUUUUGUGGUAGCAGUUGGUGGGAUUACGGUAGCUAAGAGUUAUCAGGUUGAAACUUGGAAGUUAGCUAGCGCUGGAGCUGGAAUAGGACUACUGACUGGAAUCACAAUGACAAUUUACCUUUGGUGUCAAAAGAGAGCAAGAUGUAUUCGAAAAGUGAUUGUACAGCUAGAGAGAACGAAAACAGCGCUUCGGAAAAGAAGACAAGUGUUUUUCAGUGUAUCAAUGAGAAUCCCGCGAAGCCGUCACCCAUUAAUUCUUCGUUCAUGUCGAAUCGCUGUUUCUUUAAUUGAAUGUCUCGUUGAAAAAACAAUACCAUUGAAUUCCGGAUCCACGUGGCAAGAUCUGUAUACAGAUGAAAUCAAUGAAAUCGUAAAGCGAAGCUCGGAACAUCCGGAGAUUUUAAGAAUUGAAGAAACCGAAAGAGAAGAAGACGUUGACUUUGAAGCCAUCUUUGAGAUUCUAAUUGCAGUGUUUAAGCUGCACGCGAGUGAAUAUUCUCGAGUUGUUAUCAUUGAUUUUUUAGAAUUUGUUUGCUUCCGAAACUUUCGGAGGUUUCUUGAAACUUGUGGAGUCCUUCAAUCGUUUUUACAUAGUUUGGAAACAAUAGAACGAUUGGCUCUGAAAAGUGAACGCGAAAAAUCAUCGAAAAACACAGAGAAGCAGAAAGGAGAACGAAAAAUUCAAAUGGACAUGACUAUAGAAUGGAGGCAACAAACCGUGAUGGCUCUAGAAGCAAUUUUAGAGUCAUUGGAAUCUGAAAAUGUGCAAAGAUCUCAAGUCGAAUUGGCCCUUCAUAAAACACUUGUGAUUGUGGGAUCUGAGAAGAUUAAUAAUCCAAAAACAGAAAAUUCUGGAAUACUGCAAACAACACCUGAGGAUAACCUUGAAGUAAUCAUGAUUGAAAAAGGAAAAGGAGAACGGACAGAUGUGGAUAUGGUAUUCGAAGGAGUCCCUCUAUCAGACGCAGAUAAAUUGGCAGCUUCAAAAUCUACAGUAGCUCGAGAUGUUCUUCUAGAUGGAUCUGAAGGAAGACGUCAUCAAGCGAGUCUUUUUGGAGAGCUUCAAUUAGUUCUGGAACCUAGAAGAACCAAUUUUGAGAAGCGAGAACGGGCGGCACUUGCAAAAUUCUAUGGUGUGGAUGAGAAUCAAUUGGAAAAAAUGGAAGAGAAAAAAGAAGAAGAGACAUUCGAGGGAGUUGGAGCAGGCGGAGAUGAGGAUCCAGAGCCAUAUGACUGGAGGAAAGAUGCAGAGACAAGUGCUGGAAUCCAUCAGGGAGCCGAUUAUGAUGACUUCUUGAAAGCUUUAAAAUUGAGACGUGUUGAAGAUGACAUUAUUGAAUAA